AUGUCCACCAGUGUUCACGCAGAUCAUGGAAAUUUGCGACAUGGUCCAGAAUUUUUUCUUAUUCACACAAAUCUCGUUCUAAGGCGGAAAAGGAGGAAAAUUCCCAGAGAGGCUAUUGCCAUCAAUCCUGCUGCUGGGAAAAAAUAUGCGGAUGUGCUGAAGGAAGUUCAGGCGAACGUUAAGCCUGACGAUCACGGUGUGUCUGUCAAAUCCAUCAGACAGACAAGAACUGGCGAUGUGCUCAUAGAGCUCAAAGCUAAAAAGGAGGACAGAGAGCGGUUUGGAACAGCUCUCUCAGGGGCUCUCGGAGAUAGCGGUGGCGUUCGUCACCUCGUUCCAAGAGCCAAAAUUGUGCUUUACGACCUCGUGGAGACUACCGAGGUGGUAGAUGUUGAGGAAGCUCUGAGGGCGGUUUUAGGGGAGCGCAUUGGUGCUCCUCCUAAGAUCAACCUGACAAAGAGGAACAACAGGGGUUGUGUCCUGGCUUUCGUUGAGCUGGACGCAGUCCCUGCCAGAAAGUUGGAGGUGACUGGUCGACUAAAGAUCGGGUGGUUGUACUGCCGUGUGAAGGCGCACAAUGCCGUAAUUCGGUGUUACCGAUGCCACAAUCCCGGGCACAUUGCCAGGGAAUGUACCGGAGAAGACUGCAGUGGCAACUGUCACAGAUGCGGUCUGGAGGGCCAUAAGGCAGCGCAAUGUAGGGAAAAGGUGGCUUUUCGCCCACCUCCUACAGCGAAGAGAAAACCGUAA